GAAGAAAGCAUUGUGGGAAAUUUAAGUACCGCGACAUCACGCUCUUACGUCACUUUCAGUGGACGAGUCUAUCGCCUGAAGUGGUCUGAGGCGGCUUUAUUCAUGGGGACUUGAUAAGACAAUGAUGGCUACGCAAAGAGUACUCCCCCAAAGCAAGGAGACGCUUCUUCAGUCCUAUAACAAGAGGCUUAAAGAUGACAUCCGGUCCAUUCUGGAUAACUUCACGGAGAUAAUAAAAACAGCGAAGAUUGAAGACGAGACCCAGGUUUCCAGAGCAACACAAGGAGAGCAAGAUCAUUAUGAGAUGCAUGUCAGAGCAGCCAACAUUGUGCGUGCAGGAGAGUCACUGAUGAAGCUCGUCUCGGAUCUGAAGCAGUUCCUGAUCCUGAACGACUUCCCUUCAGUGAACGAGGCCAUUAGCCUGCGCAACCAGCAGCUGCGCGCCCUGCAGGAGGAAUGCGAUAAGAAACUCACUUCUCUGCGUGAUGAGAUUGCUAUUGACCUUUACGAGCUAGAGGAAGAAUAUUACUCCUCCAGGUACAAGUAGGCUUUUAGACACAGCACAUACCUAGUUCCCUGUAGCCCCAGCCUCCUGUGCCUUUUAAGGGUUAUUUAAAUCUGUUGACCCCAUUUUUAUUUUAAAUGCUUCCUUAUGUUGCAUACAGUAGGGAGAAAACAGUAUUGUUGAGGGGUUUGAUCCGUGAUCCAUAACUUAAACCUUUGGUACUUUUAUGAAUUGGUAAACUGCAAAAGUCCAUGCACAACAGUGAUAUUUCAGUUGCUGUUCAUUUGCUGCUACAAAACAGUUGUCAGCUUUGAUGCUUUGAAUACAUUGCCUUAUACAACAUAUAGCAUAAGUAAAAAAAGGCAUUGCACAUCUGACCCUAGGAUGUCGUGCGAACCUCCUGUGUGUGAGGAAACUGAACACAUUGUGUGCCUUGUUCACUUGUGAGAAAUCUUACAGUAAACUCGUCAAAGGUAUCGGUUUCCUUUGUUUUUUAUUUUAGCACUAUUAGUUUUUUCUCUUUUCUGACAUUCUAACUUCUAUGUAACACAAUAUGCCUGAGCAGAAAACCAAAGUUACAAUGUGAGAAUUCCAUGAUUUCAGAGGAUCUAUGAUUUUUUUUCACUGUCUGCUCAGCUAAAGGGUAGACCACAACUGAUUUAAAAGCAAUCGAGUUGAAAACUUGUGGGACAGUUAAAAGAUCAUCAGCUAAAUUACUUAACCUGUUAAAGUUAAAAAUGUUUUCCUAAAUUUUCUUUUACUUUAAGUCCAGUUUUCUUAGAAUAUCUUUUAAAAUGUCAAAUCAUUGGCUGUAGUGUGAAUGUCAUGUUUGUAUCACAGAAUGUCUGGGAAUAAUAUUUUUAAUGAAAUCAACACAUUUUAUAGCACUGUUUGCACAGUUUUGAUUGUGAUGGUUAAAAGGGAAAAGUGUUGAAAUUGCUAGCCUUGAAGGUAAUAGUAAAUCGGUUUGAUCUUGCCAUUUUAUGUCAGUAUAUUUUAUUCUGUAGAAACUCUAAGCAUCGUAAGAUGUAUAAAUCACAGACAUCACUCCAUAACUAUCUAGUUAUAGGAUGCAAUUGCAAAUAUUUUAAUAUUAUAUAACUUAUUAAAUGAUUAAAAAAUAUUUCUUUAAUAUUUCUGAAAUUAAAGUUCAAUUUGCUUUUAGAAAACUGUCAGCCUAUGCUGUACAGUUUUGAUUUAUUAAUGCUUACUAAACUAAUUUUCUUUAUACAUCCAAGUCAGACGUGACGGCUUGAUUGAACAUUUAUUCAAUCUUCCUAUAUUUUAGGAAGAGCAGAUUAUAUUGGAUCAUAUUUUAAUGUUGAUUUUGUGGCAGAUGAGAACAACACCUGUACAAAAUUGGUCCUUGCCGCGUUAUGCCGUUCUGUGCAUACUCCGUAUCUGGGCAGAAUGGCAGAUUUUUUUUUUUUUUUGGUGAAUGCAAUCCUAUGUUGUAUGUCUUCAGAUUCCUUCCUGUAUUGUUGAUCAUUUAAAAAGUAAAUGUUCUUUGUUUUGCUAAAUAGAUGGUACAUUUCCAUUAUGGAUAAGUGUUAACAUUGUCAGUUUUACAUGGCCCCACACACAUUUUUCAAAAGUUUAAAAUAAAGUAGAAAAAUGAGA